GGAUUUACGGAAGCCGUGCGGAUCCAAAAAUGCUUAAAGCGUCUCACUGACAACCCCGAAGCUGCGACUCUGACAAGGAUAGUAAAGAGGUCGACGUCCGGCUGUUCGACUCAGGAGUGGACUGCGAUUUUGCAUCAUGAAAAUAUUAAUAGGAGGAGGAUCGGGCUUUGUGGGCCGUGAGCUGACUCGCCUGCUCAUAAGCAAAGGUCAUGAGGUCACGGUUGUAUCACGCCAGCCCGGUCCAGGGAACAUAACAUGGAGUGAUGUAGAGUCCAAAGGCCUCCCGCCAUGUGAAGGCGCUGUCAACCUGACUGGGGAGAAUCUCAUGAACCCCCUCAGAUGGUGGAAUGAAAGUUAUAAAAAAGAUUUGUUUUCCAGUCGCAUUGACACGACAAGAACUCUGGCUCAGGCCAUCGCUGCGUCUCCCAAUCCUCCCCACUCCUGGGUUUUGGUGUCAGGAGUCGCCUGUUACAAACCCAGUCUGACGGCCGAGUACACAGAGGACAGUGAGUGGGCGCCGUUCGACCUCCUCUCCAGACUUGUCAAAGAGUGGGAGGCUGCUGCACUUUUGCCCCAGGAGGUGGCAAACACCACCAGACAGGUCGUCAUCAGACCUGGUAGGUUCAUUCAUAUUUGUAUGUUUUACAUUUGGACACAUAUGAUUAUUAUGAUUAGACAAGAUAUGACGGACACAGUUCCUCCUUCCCCACUCUCUCCACUAGGGGCAGUGUUGGGUCGUGAUGGAGGUGCCAUGAAGCAAAUGUGGCUGCCGUUCUGGCUCGGCCUGGGUGGCACCCUGGGGUCAGGAAGACAGCCGUUCCCCUGGAUCCACGUCUCAGACCUGGCAGGAAUCAUCGCCCACUCCCUGGAGCCUCCGACUCCCGACACGUCCUCCGAUUCUCCACAAGUCCUAAACGGAGUCGCGCCUGCUCUGAAUAACAACUAUGAGUUUACCAAAGAGCUGGGCCGUGUUAUGAGGCGGCCCACCCUUCUACCUGUACCAGGCUUCGCCAUGAACGCCCUGCUGGGCUCAGAGAGGGCUGUGGUCCUCACACAGGGACAGAAGGUCAUACCAAGGAGGACUUUAGAAACUGGGUAUCAGUACAAGUUCCCAGACCUGACUUCUGCCCUGGAAGAGAUUGUUGGGAGAUGAGGAAGUGAAGGAAUCUGUACAAAUUUAAAAUCUUUAUCCUGGAGUCCAACUGAAAGAUGCAAGACGUCAUUUUGUCCAAUAAAAGUGUUUCAUUCUGUAACAUCUGGAAUCUCUGUCCUGGUUCUCAUCUUCAUCGUUAUUGAUCAAUGAUCCAAAAGUUUCAACAGGAAGUUG